UGCUAAUGCUAUUGUGAUCCAAGAGUACAUAUGAAAUAGUUAUCUCAUUAUAUUAAUUCAUUGAAUGUAUACACAUUCAGUAACCGAAAUUAAGCCUGUUCGUGCGGCCGCAGCCUAUUUUAGUAUCAGCUGAAGCAAUAGCAGUUGCUGUGAAGAUGAAUGUAUUCAAAUCAAUCAUCGCAGCUGUCGUCAAUAUUGUGGAGUCUCUUUGCUGCAUUUCAUUUUGACACAAGGGGUGCUCCCGUGGUGCAGGUGUAUUAGAUGUAUUUUCCUGUGCUGGUGACCAUGAAUGAUUUAACAACAGGAGUAUUUCUGCUCGCUGUGGGGAGUCAUUCACACGCGUUUGAAACAUGUUAUACGGAUGCACGGAAUUCGACAACUCUUAAUUGCAGUGAUAUAUGCUGCGACAAUGGUUCCUCCAGAUAUUGCUGCUCAAGUUACCAAACAAUAGUUGGCACCAUCAUUGGCGGGUGUUUCCUCGUUGGCUUCAUGGUGGGGUUCCUCGUCUUCGCCUGCUGCUUGUACUGGCGAAGAUCAUCUCAGGGAUCGCAGGGCAGUUCCUUGCAAGCCAACCAACCUAAAGUGAUGUCAGGUGUAACUAACGACUACCUGGAACAGAAAGGCGAUGCUAAACCCUCAGAGGGCGUCAGAACCCCACAAACGGAAACAGAGACGUCACAAACAGGAACAGACACAUCCACAGGGACAGAGACACAACAGACGGGAACAGAGACACAACAGACGGGGACAGAGACACAAAAGACGGGAACAGAGACAUCCACAGGGACAGAGACACAACAGACGGGAACAGAGACACAACAGACGGGAACAGAGACAGAACAGACGGGAACAGAGGCACAACAGACGGGGACAGAGACACAAAAGACGGGAACAGAGACACAAAAGACGGGAACAGAGACAGAACAGACGGGAACAGAGGCACAACAGACGGGGACAGAGACACAAAAGACGGGGACAGAGACACAACAGACGGGAACAGAGACACAACAGACGGGAACAGAGACACAAAAGACGGGAACAGAGACAGAACAGACGGCAACAGAGACAGAACAGACGGGAACAGAGGCACAACAGACGGGGACAGAGACACAACAGACGGGAACAGAGACACAACAGACGGGAACAGAGACAGAACAGACGGGAACAGAGGCACAACAGACGGGGACAGAGACACAAAAGACGGGAACAGAGACACAAAAGACGGGAACAGAGACAGAACAGACGGGAACAGAGACACAACAGACGGGAGCAGAGGCACAACAGACGGGAACAGAGACACAAAAGACGAGAACAGAGACACAAAAGACGGGAACAGAGACAGAACAGACGGGAACAGAGACACAACAGACGGGAGCAGAGGCACAACAGACGGGAACAGAGACACAAAAGACGGGAACAGAGACACAAAAGACGGGAACAGAGACACAAAAGACGGGAACAGAGACACAACAGACGGGAACAGAGACACAAAAGACGGGAACAGAGACACAAAAAACGGCAACAGAGACAGAACAGACGGGAACAGAGGCACAACAGACGGGGACAGAGACACAAAAGACGGGAACAGAGACACAAAAAACGGCAACAGAGACAGAACAGACGGGAACAGAGGCACAACAGACGGGGACAGAGGCACAAAAGACGGGAACAGAGACACAACAGACGGGAGCAGAGGCACAACAGACGGUAACAGAGACACAAAAGACGGGAACAGAGACAGAACAGACGGGAACAGAGACACAACAGACGGGAACAGAGACACAACAGACGGGAGCAGAGGCACAACAGACGGGAACAGAGACACAACAGACGGGAGCAGAGGCACAACAGACGGGAACAGAGACACAACAGACGGAAGCAGAGGCACAACAGACGGUAACAGAGACACAAAAGACGGGAGCAGAGGCACAACAGACGGUAACAGAGACACAAAAGACGGGAGCAGAGGCACAACAAACGGGAGCAGUGACACAAAAGACGGGAACAGAGUCACAACAGACAGGAUCAGAGACACAACAGACGGGAAAAGAGACACAACAGACGGGAAAAGAGACUCAACAGACGGGAACAGAGACACAACAGACGGGAGCAGAGACACAACAGACGGGAACAGAGACUCAACAGACGGGACUGGGGACAGUAUCUUCAACAGCAUGAAAUCUGCCAUUUCAUGUCACAUUUAUGAUUAUUAUAUGCAAUGUAAAAAUGUGUCGGAAGAACACUCAGUAUUAAUUUCCUAGAAAGGUGUU